ACUGAAUCAUUUAUUCAAACUGAACCACUCCUUUUAUAUUCUGUCAAUGUACGAACCAAGUCUCAGUAUGACGAAAGUCACGUGAUAACAGCCAAGAGAGCAAAAAUGGAUGCAGAUGGAAAUUAUUUGCUACCACAAGAUGUAGAGCUUGAGUGUGUAAAGCAUUGUGUGGUAUAUGAUGGGCACACAAAAUCAUCUGAUGUGGAAGGUCCUGCUAUUCAAUAUGCAAAGCUACUAGAAGUUAUCAGUCGCCAACCUAUCAUGGUCCUGAAUGGUGGGUAUGAAUUCUUCUCUGCCUGCUAUCCAUUCUUCAGGACACAGAGAAUAUUUUACACGCCACAGGAGCUGGACGCCUUUGAACCCUAUCCUGUUGAGAUUUUACCAGCCAAACUUUACAUGGGUGAUUUUAAACAAGCCUCUGACAGGCAAGUUCAGAAAGAUCUAAAAGUCAAGGCUUACCUCAACCUCUGUCAUGAAAAAGACAUAAUCAUCCCAGAAGAGAGUGUUAUUUCAAUUUUACACAUUCCUUCUUCAGAAGAAACCAGUCUUUUGGCCCAUUUCCCAAAGAUCUGUGAAUUUCUUGAUGAACAGUCAGCUAAAGGUGCGGUGCUGGUAUUCUCCACUCUGGGUAUAAGUCGUUGCUGUACUGUAGUGAUAGCCUACCUCAUCUAUUCCCAGAAAAUUACACUAAAGGAUGCCUGGGCACUUGUUCAGAAGUGUAAAGCAACCAUUCGGCCACAUCGAGAUUUUGUACAACAGCUUUCUAACUGGGAGGAAACUAUAUUGCAGCAAAAGAUCACAAAUAUCUCUGACCCUUAUUAUUGAAAUGGUAUUUUUUAGCUGUUAAAAUGA